GUCGAUACUCUUGCCACUAUGACGCGUUUCACAACACGCAAACCAAGUGAGUUUGUUUUGUUGUUUGCAACAAAUAAAUAAAUUUGCUGUUUUCAUUCUCAAUAAAAAGUAAAACUAUUAAUAAACGUUCACUCAAGAGCGGUCAUAACGACUCACCACCAAUGGCAUCGCCCUCUCAGCACAGCCCAAUGACAAACAACAGCAACUCAACCUCCCAGAACGGUACAUCAGCAACAACGACAACUACGAGCCAGGCUGCUGCUGGAGUUGGUGGCGCAGGAGGCGGUGGUGCAAGUGGUAAAAGCACAAAUCACAGUCCAGCAACUGGGGCCGAAAAUACACCUAUGCUAACCAAACCGCGUCUUACCGAAUUGGUGCGUGAAGUGGACACCACAACACAGUUGGAUGAAGACGUAGAAGAGUUGUUGCUGCAGAUCAUAGACGAUUUUGUGGAGGACACCGUCAAGUCAACAAGUGCUUUUGCUAAGCAUCGCAAGUCCAACAAGAUUGAGGUACGCGAUGUGCAGCUGCACUUUGAGCGGAAGUAUAAUAUGUGGAUACCUGGAUUUGGAACAGACGAGCUGCGUCCAUAUAAACGUGCUGCUGUCACUGAGGCGCACAAACAACGCUUGGCUUUAAUAAGAAAAACCAUCAAGAAGUACUAGACACGAUUUUAAUUUACGAAUGGAUUCCCGUUCUUUUUCUUCAAAUUGACAUAUUGUUUUAAAUUUUUUGUGAAACGCAUCGCUUAUCAAGAUUCUAAAAUAAGAUGCAGUUGUAUACUUAUAAUAUCAUUUACUUUAAAUAUACAGAAUAUAGAGAAACACGAAGUAGUCAAUUCAAAUAUGUGUGCAAAUGACUUCUGAAUGACUUUAAAUAAACAAUAUACAAUUCAUUACAAA